GGAGGGAGUGGCUGGCCGAAGGAAUCACAAACUAAAAAGACGUGUUGGGUCAGUCACACCUGACACACUGGACAAAACAAGAAGAGUGCCCGAAUCAAAGAGAAAACCAGCAGCUACAGAGAGAGAAACCAGAGGAGAAAUGAAGGACACGCCGAAGAAAGGAAACGGAGAGAAGAGAACUAUGGAUGUCUCAUGUUCAUCCGAUGGAAAAAAAGCUACUGGAAGCAAAAAAGAGGAUGAUGGAUCAUUUCCAGUGAAGAUUCAGGGUGCGGGUGUCGAACCCUUCGAGCUGCAGGUUCAUGGAUUCUGGCUGGUCCAGGAUGCCAUCGUGACCCUCCUGGGCCGAGAGGAGGUGGCGCCGCGCACGUCUAUCGCUCUGGCCCUUUCAGGUGUGACCCUCGACCCCAUGAUGGAGCUCCAGGACGUCAAGGGCUUCAAAGCUGGAGUCACUCUCCGUCUAGUCGAAGAGCCGUACUCGCCUCGAUCGGCACAGGCUCAUCUGGCACGAGUGCAGGAGAUGCUGAAAGUUGUCAGGCCCCAAGACGCCUUGAUGGAGGGCCGAUCUCCCACUGUAAUUAAAACACAAACACAAACUACCAAACCUGCCCCUCCCACUCUGCACUCGUCAAAGAACAAACGAGCCAAUAGUAAGACAGAGCAGUCUGCCGAAGCCCCGCCCCCUCCUGCCUACAUUCUGCCUGGAGUUUCAGAACUUCCUCCUUUGACGAGCCUGCUGCCCACCAACACACACAGCGAAGCUCCCAGUUACCUGCUCGACCUGUCACUCAGCUGCUGGAACCCUCCCCCUGGUUUCAGGAAACUGCAAGGUGACUUCAUGUACAUCAGUGUCCACACUCUGGAGGGCAAGCAGUAUGACAUCACUUCCUGCUCACGUGGAUUUUACAUGAACAGGUCGACCCUCGAAGUGUUUGACCCUCGUCCUGCUCAGUCGACUCCAGUGUGCCACUGUCUGACCGACCUGCUGUCCCACAUCAGCCCAAAGUUCAAACACAACCUGAGCACACUGCGGCACAGGCCGUCUCUGCCGGCUGAGGAGACGCUGUCCACUACGUACCGCACACUCAGCUGGCUGGGCAUCUCCUCACUUCACUCACACAAACCCAGCUUCAGCGGCCGGCUGGGUCUGGACCAGGACCUCAAUGCACAGGCUCCUGACUGGAAUAAGGAACUUCAAACAGCCAGAGAUCUUCCUCAGAGGAGUCUGGAGGAGAGACUUCAGAGGGACCGAGCGUUACUGCAGGUGAACAGCGCUUUUGUGUGUGCUGUUGCUCAGGCAGUAGAGAAGGUGAUGGAUGGCUUUGUCGACUCAGUCAGCGGUUCUCACGAGGACCCGGCGUUCUUGUGCGGCGGCGUGUUCAUGAGUAUGCCGGCAAACAGAGACCAAGUGCUGGGAGGAGAACGGAGUUACAGAGCCGCUCAACGCCUCGAGCUGCGAUGUGUUCAGGCUUACAGCGACCUGGACGGAGACCUCCAAAACCUGCACACCAUCCCCACCGCGCUGGCCGACUACCGCGGCAUUCGGCUGUCCGCGCAGGGCCUGGCCCCGGGUAUUCAGGCCCCAGAGCAGGCGGAGGUUCCCAAUGGCCUUUUAUACGGCUACAGUGCAGGGCCGUUGGAAAAUCCAUCAAGACGGAAACUCCUAGAGCUGCUGGCUCAGUCCGCAAAGGCCCUUUCUCUGCAAAGACAUGCGGUUCUGGGGCUGACCGGGCAUCAGCUGCCCCUCUUCACCUCUGUAGAUGCCCAGGGGAUUCUGGGGGCCGAUGGUCGGUAUUACCUGCUGGAUGUGUAUCGCACUAUGCCAGCUGAUGCCAACUUCCAUGUAGAAGAUGGAGAAGAAGGAGCAGAAACGGAAGGGAGUUUUCCCAGACCGUACCCUCGUUUGUGCCGAUUACGGCCGGAGCUAGUGAAGGCAUUCAUUCAACACAAACAUGCUGAGUUCUCCGAGCGAGUGAAGGCUCACAUGGAGGAGAACGGAGGGGUGGAAGAGUGUAUGAAAUCUGCUGAUUCUCGGAACAUAGUUGCAGUCAGAAAAGCUUGCAAAGAUGUCGGAUCCGUCAGUGACAUCAAAAAAGAGUUAUUUGGAAUAGUAAUAAUGUUAUUAGUGUUUUUACUGUAUUUUGAUCAAACAAAUGUGUACUUUCAGAUGAACGACUGCAUUCAUGGCGCUGACAUACCGAUGGAUGGUGCUUCUUUACGACAAGCCCUCCAUCAGAAAGGCAUAAACCUGCGUUAUCUAGGUCACCUGAUCUCUUCCAUCAACCAAUCAGAUCGCAAACAUCAACUGAGACACAUCACGAGGUUGGCGUUUGCCGAGAUCGUAGUGCGCUGUGCACAGCGGUUCUUCAGUGGCUACAUUCAGGGAGUGGAAACAUCUAACCUGUCUGCAGCAGCAAGUCACUUCCUCUGCUGCUUAUUGGUUCCCCACUUCAGUUCUGCAUCAAAUGGGGAGGAGUCUAAGAAGCGCUCCAGGAGGCGUGGCCGUGGAGGGGGCGGGGCUUCCGACAGCACGGCAUGGACCGCACUCAACGGGAAUGAACUGUGGAGUCUGAUCUGUCAAGAUGCUCAAGAAACAUACAGAAUUAAAGAAGGACUAGGGUCAAACGUGGACCAUCUAGUAGAGCAGUACGGACUCCAGAAGAUAUCCUUGUUGAGAGAGAUGUGCUUGAAGACUGGCAUUCAGCUCCGUCUCAGAGAAUACAUUCUUGACAACCGUAACAAAGCGGCCAUCUCUCCUGACGACGUGCUCAACAUCCUGCCUGUCGUCAAGCACAUAACCAUGACAACCACCGACGCCACCCGGAUGUUCAAAGCGGCUCAGAACAGUCUUCAGAAAGGGUUACUGGAGCAGGCGUACGAGCAGCUGAAAGAAGCAACGUACCUCUUCGGUCGUGUGUGUGAUGACCUUCACCCCGAAGCCUGCCGUUGUCUCAGUCUGCUGGCCAGAGUGGCCUAUGUACAGGGCCAUCCUGCUGAGGCUCGUAGCGUGCAGCUGAGGGUCGUGGUCAUCAGCGAAAGGGUUCUGGGUUUCGAUCACCCCAACACCAUUCAGCAAUACGUGUUGCUGGCAGUGUAUCUGUUAGCUGGAGGCGAAACCGCUCUGGCUCAGCGCUGCCUGUAUCGUGCCAAAGUUCUUCUGCUGGCGGUUCAUGGAUCAGAUCAUCCUUACACUGCAGUCAUUGAUGCUUCUCUGGGAUUGGUUCUUCAGGGAGAGCAGUCGUUACAGUAUCUACAGAGCGCACUGAAACUCAACAGCUCCUUCAGAGGAGACACAGACCUGACGACAGCUCUGAUGCACCAUCUGCUGGCUCAGAGACUGUGUGUGGCUGGAGACUACAGAGGAGGCAUGAAUCACGAAAAGGAAGCUCACAGCAUCUUCCAGAGCAAGUACGGAGAAGAUCAUCCUCAAACCAAAUGCAGCUCUGACUUCCUGAGGAACAUUACCCAGCAGGCCGUGCGUGUAGAACGGUCAAUUCGUCAGGGAGGCGCGGAGCUUUGUGAUACACCGCCUGAGGGUUUGGUUCCCUCUCAGGACACCACGCUGGAGCAGCUCGCUCUGGUCAAUGGCAUACUGAAGACUUCAUACAGCACAAGAAUGAUGGAGUUCAAAGAGAAGCUGAAGGAGAGGAAAGCAGCAGAAGAGGCGGAAAAGGCCAAACUGGAGAGCUCUGAAUCGACCAAUGAGAACAACGCUUCAGAGCUGCAGACCAGUAAUGGAGAGGUUACUGAGACCACAGCCAAUGGGGAACAGACGCAAGAGGACACAGACGCAAAUGCAGAAAGUCAGUCAUCGGAAACCAACUCUUCUGAGAAACCAGACCACUCAAAAAUGAACGGCCAGAUCGAGUCCCAUCUGCAUAACGGAAGCUGUGCCACGAAAAACCAAAGUGAGGAGGAGGAGCAACAAUCAAACACCACUAACGGUGUCUCCACUGAGAGCCAAUCAAAAUAG